CAAAUCAAUAACAAAGCUGUUUUGUCAUCGAAAUCGCUUCAUCAGAAUUUUCGUUCUGCUUUUGAUCUCUCUGUUAAGAAGGAAAAAAUGCGACACAACUGCUGCCACCUCUCCUUCGCUUCCAUCCUCAAGAUCCUCAAUUUCCUCCAAGCCUUCAUCGGCAUCUCCAUCAUCAUCUACUCUAUAUGGAUGCUCGACCAAUACAAUCGCCACGUCCCCGUCGAUCCUCCUCCUUCUCAGCCUCCCACGGCUUCUUCUCCGGACUCUUUUUCAGGAAUCGAGAUCAGAAGUGUUUCUGAGUCCUUGAAGAGACCCAUCACUUUCGUGUCGGGUCUCGUCCUCGGAGAUUCGGGUUUCAACCUCCGUGCCCUAGAUCUUCCUGCUCCAUGGUUCAUCUACUCUUUCAUGGCGAUUGGGAUUUUGGUCUGUAUUGUCACUGUCAUUGGUUUCAUUGCAGCUGAAGCUAUCAAUGGCUGCUGCUUGUGUUUCUAUUCGAUCCUCAAAACCCUUCUCAUCAUACUUGAAGCAGCUCUUGUUGGAUACAUAGCGAUUGAUCGUCAGUGGGAGAAGGAUCUUCCCUAUGAUCCAACUGGAGAACUCACUAGCCUUCGAGCUUUCAUUGAAGCAAACAUCGAUAUUUGCAAAUGGGUUGGUGUUGGUGUGGUAGCUAUACAGCUACUGUCCUUGCUUCUGGCUAUGGUUCUGAGAGCUAUGGUUUCUCCUAGACAAUCAGAGCUUGACGAUGAGGAUGAUUACGAGAAUCCGAUUAAUAGAGCACGGGAGAAUCUUCUUGCUCCACAGCCUAACCAGACAUCUUCUGGAUCAAGCAAUAUUGACAACUGGAGGUCCCGUAUCAGAGAGAAGUACGGAUUGAACAAUGGUCAAAACCAGAGUCCAUCAGUUUAA